UUCUGGGUUAUCUCGUCUAUUUGGUAAAUAACUGUUAGAGAAGAAGAAAAAAGAAAAUCGUGAGAAACAGAGAAAAAAGGGUAACUGUUGUUUGUCGAUCAAAGUAAUCAUUCUCGCAAAAUCCCUUUCUUCGGAAUCAUCUCAUCAAACAAGUCACAGAGGUUGGUUUAGGAAGAAAGGGAUGAUGAUUUGAAAUUUGAUUAGUUUUGUGUUAAAAAAAAAAGAAAAAUGUGGAGCUCAAGCGAGGAGAAGGUGGCCGGUCUGACACCGGUUUACCUCAAUGUCUAUGAUCUAACCCCUGUCAACGAUUACCUCUAUUGGUUCGGAAUCGGCAUUUUCCACUCUGGAAUUGAAGCUCAUGGUAUGGAAUAUUGCUACGGAGCUCACGAGUAUUCAUCCAGUGGUGUAUAUGAGGUUGAGCCUAAGAACUGUCCCGGGUUCGUCUUUAGACGCUCUCUUCUCCUCGGAACUACACCCAUGUCCCCUUCUGAUUUCCGCUCUUACAUGGAGAAGCUUUCUUCAAAGUAUCACGGCGACACUUACCAUUUGAUCGCCAAGAACUGUAACCACUUCACCGAAGAGGUUUGCUUGCAGCUCACGGGUAAGCCUAUUCCUGGAUGGAUCAAUCGCCUCGCCCGACUAGGUUCCUUCUGUAAUUGUCUUCUACCGGAAAGCAUUCAGCUCACGGCUGUUAGUGCUCCUUCUGAACGCCUUGAGUUCUCUGCAAAUCUUCAAUGGCUUCUAAAUGUAGAUGGGGAUGAAUCGAACUCAGAGGCAUCUUCUGUGUCAGAUGAUGAUGAUGAUGAUGAUGAAGAAGAAGGAUCAGAGAAGCAUCUCAUAAACAAUGUAGCAGACAGAGGGGAGGUUGUGUAUCUACAAAACAAACCAGUGCGACUUACCAGAGAGUAGAUGUAAUACCCUGAUGAGAUACUCUUCCUCCUGAAGCAAAUCAUCAGAACUUGCAGUGUGUUUGUUACAGAAAUAUAGCCAUGGAAAGCCCAAUGGGGGUAAAGUGAUAUUCGUCUCCUUAUUGCUGCGCUUGUUCUGCCGGAAAAAAAUCAGUUUAGUAUUCUUCUCAUUCUAGAAAUGUAAAAAAAAAAACAUAUUCCAGAUUUAUUAAAAUCAAGCCACCCUUUGCAGUAAAAAAUCUGGAAGAAGUCAUAUAUUACUUACUUUAAUAUAAAUUAUUGUAUGUUUUAUUUUACUU